AUGUCCAAAUUCUCUCUCCAAGGUCGAACUGCACUAGUGACGGGAGGCGCUCGGGGAUGCGGUUUAGCAUUUGCGCGUGGUCUGGCGGAAGCAGGGGCAAACAUAGCUAUCUUUGAUGUAGUUGAUCCGGAGCCAGAUUUCUAUACGAUCGAGAAAAGUCAGGGAGUCCGAACGGCAUAUUAUAAAGUGGAUGUUUCAUCGGAGGAGUCUCUACAAAGCGGAUUCUCUCAGUUCCAAAAGGAUUUCGACAAUGCGCUUGAUAUUUGUGUCCCAUGUGCUGGGAUAAACCGACACCUCCCUUUCCUCGAGUUUACCUACAAAGACCACAGCGAUCUGCUUGCGAUCAAUGUACUCGGUCUUUAUUUCACUGCCCAGCUAGCAGCAAAGCAAAUGAUCGCAAAUGGUACCCAGCACGGAAGUAUUGUUUUGGUUGCUAGUAUGGCCAGUCAUGUCGCAGUGCGAAGUCAGCUAUGUAGCGCAUACUGUGGCUCAAAAGGCGCGGUUCGAUCGAUGUGCCCUGCAAUCGCGAAGGAGAUGGCCGAAUAUGGGAUUCGAGUCAACUCUAUCUCACCUGGAUAUGUCCGAACGGAGAUGACCGCAGCAGUGAGUGUUACAGCCCCUUGGUCUGCAGAGGACAGCGCUAAUUGUCAGUUCCCCCAUCUUCUUGAAAGCUGGAAGUCGGAAGCCAUGAACGGUCGAAUUGCCGAGCCAGAGGACAUAAUGGGGGCUUGCGUCUUUCUAGCUAGUGAUGCCAGUUCGUACAUGACGGGGCAGGAUGUGAUCGUGGAUGGGGGAGUGACCAAAUGGUAG